GGUGGAUCGGUCUGUGUGGGUUACAAGGCUUAUCAAUUCACUUUGCCAUCAGACUCAAGACGUGCUGCUGGAUCGAUCGGUCACUGUCCGUUCCUCUGCAUCUGGACCCCCAGGGUCUCAUGAUCUAAUCCCACACAUCUCCAGUGAGGACCGUGGCCUCUCUAGUCUCGUCCAGUCUCACGGCGCUGAGCUUCAAUGCUCUCGCUGUGACCCUUCAGCUGCCAGUCUUGUCUUGUUCUCCCUCCGUCAGUCCAAGUUCAGCUUCUUCACCUUGCCAUGGACAUCGGUGGCCUGACUACGGUGGUGGCCAACUCGGCGUACAUCUCGGCCCGUGGCAGUUUUGAUGGCACGGCCAACCCGGCGGCCAACCGAGACAAGAAGUACCACGCCAAACUCAAACUGCCCCACAUCACUGUGUGUGAAGAUCUGAGGGAAACUCUGGAUCUGCAGUUUAAGAGCAUUUGUGUGGAGCAACCCAUCGGCAAACGGCUGUUUCAAGAGUACCUGGAAAUCACCAAUGAGUACAAGGGACCGUGUCGCCUCUGGAAGGACAUUGAGGCAUACGACACCGCCGAGGAUAAAGAUCGGGCUCAGAAAGCCGCCAAAAUCCUCCAGCGUUACAUGGAGCCUUCUGCCAAGCUCUUCUGCCCAUUUUUACCUGAGAAUGACAUCACCAAGGUGAAAGAACGGCACGGGGAGGCAGCGGAUAACCUGUUUGUGGAGAUCCUGGCCAGUGUGUUUGACUUCCUCAAAGAGGUUCCCUUCACGUUCUAUCUAGAGACCAUGUACUUGAAACGCUUCUUGCAGUGGAAGUGGCUGGAGAUGCAGCCGGUAGCCGAGGACUGGUUCUUGGACUUCCGUGUUCUGGGUAAGGGUGGAUUCGGAGAGGUGUCCGCCUGUCAGAUGAGGGGCACAGGGAAGCUGUACGCCUGCAAGAAGCUCAACAAGAAGAGGCUGAAGAAGAGGAAAGGCUAUGAGGGUGCCAUGGUGGAGAAACGGAUCCUGGCUCGAGUUCACAGUAGAUUCAUUGUGUCACUGGCUUACGCCUUCCAGACCAAAACAGAACUGUGUCUGGUGAUGACCAUCAUGAACGGAGGAGACCUCAGGUACCACAUCUAUAAUGUGGAUGAGAAUAACCCAGGGUUCUCUGAAGCCAGAGCGUGUUACUAUGCUGCUCAGAUCAUUCAAGGCCUAGAGCAUCUACACCAGAAGAGAAUCAUCUACAGAGACCUGAAACCAGAAAACGUUCUGCUAGAUAAUGAAGGUCACGUUCGUAUCUCUGAUCUUGGCUUGGCUGUGGAGCUUGCAGAUGACCAGCUCAAAACCAAAGGCUACGCUGGAACUCCAGGGUUCAUGGCCCCAGAGCUGCUGAAGGGUGAAGAAUAUGAUUACUCAGUAGAUUACUUCACUCUCGGAGUCACGCUGUACGAGUUCAUUGCGGCCAAAGGACCCUUCAGAACUCGAGGAGAAAAGGUGGAGAAUAAAGAGGUUAAGAAGCGAAUCCUGAACGACCCGGCCUCACUGAUCUAA